UAGGGACAGAACGCUCGCCGUUUCGGCGUUGCCCUAACCGCGUGAACUGAUAACGAAAAUUCUUCAAUAAAAUCGCGUGUGAAUUCAAAUUUUCUGCUAGUGUUUUGUUUCUCUAUAUCAGUGACGAUACAGCUCAACCUCAGCUUGUUAUUGUUACCGCCGCGUCAAUACCGCACCGUGUAAUGCGAUCUGUUUGAGGGGUUACAUAGAAUUUUCAGCAAAAAUGUCGUAAGAGGCGAACCAACCCCUCAGCAAUAGCAUUCCCAGAGGGUUUGACGACAGAUAUAAUCAAAAACUAUUAUUUAUUUAAAGAAACAAUGUCUAGAAACAUUAAGGUAGUCAAUCACUCCAACGAAACAAACUAGAGCUGCCAUGACAUCGGAGGAACCGAUCGAUGUUGUUGCAAAGAAUGCCGACUCUAAAAAGGCAGACACGAACUACCCAGAAGACAAUCAAGAAAACGGAAAAGCAGGCAAACAAGAUCAUUUGAAACGUUCACAUGAAUUGAUGCAACUUGUGUACGAACUGCCCAUUGAGAUAGACGAUAUCGAACGCGAAAACAACAAUAUGCUUAAGGAGAACCCACCGAUAACUAUUGUCGAGAUUACAGAACAGAAUGGUUGUGAAACGAGUGUAGAUAGUACCAGACAAUGUGAUAGCGAUUAUUUUAAAGAGUCUAGUCCGAACGAUUUAGGCAGUAAGGUCGUAUAUGACGUUUUGUCAACUAACGAUUUGAUAAUGCAAUGUUCUGAUGAAUUUAAGGAGGUUGUAGAUAGAACGUCACCAGACGAUACCACUGAUGAGGAUUUGCUGGAAUUAAAAACAAUUUUGGAUAGUAAGCCUAAACUUUUGGAGAGAUAUAUAAGAGAAUGUGCGUCUGUGGACGAAGUUAAUAGGUUACAUAGUUUAACGUCGUGUGGUCCGCUAUCUCCGAGACCGCGUCACGAAGCAAGAAGUACGUCAGUGACAUCAGACCUAUUUCAAUUGUGGCUAUCGUCUUCACCUGUCAAGAGAUCGCGAUCACCGAGUAGCUCCGCGCAAAGGCAGCUGGAUGAAGCGGAUCUCUUUAUGGACCUUAUUAAGGAUGUUGCCAACGAAUUGGAUAUCGAUGUUCUCUGUCAUAAGAUACUUGUUAACGUAUGUCUCCUCACAUCAGCUGACCGAGGAAGCUUGUUCCUGGCUAAAGGAACACCGCCCAACAGAUAUCUGCAGGCAAAACUAUUCGACGUCACAAGAGAUACAGACCUCUACGACGCGCUGCGGAUAGCGAGGACCCAGGAGAUCAAAAUACCCUUCGGAGUCGGUGUCGCUGGUUUAGCGGCACAGACGAAACACCCCAUCAAUAUAAAAAACGCGUACGCUGAUCCAAGGUUCAACAGUGAAAUAGACGCACGUACUGGUUAUAAAACCGAGUUAAUACUUUGUAUGCCGAUUUGCAACUGCGAAGGUGAUGUCGUCGGUGUCGCACAGAUAAUCAACAAAACUGACGGGUCAAAAGAAUUUUCCGCACGAGAUGUAGAAGUAUUCCGACGCUACUUAACUUUCUGUGGUAUUGGCAUACAAAAUGCUCAGCUCUUCGAGUCGUCAGUUCUGGAAUACAAACGAAAUCAAAUACUUCUAGCAUUAGCGAGAAGUAUAUUUGAAGAACAGAGUAACCUCGAAUGUCUCGUGACGAAGAUCAUGACCGAAGCGAGGGAGUUGCUGAAGUGUGAACGAUGUGCAGUGUUUAUACUUGAUACAGACCAUUGCGAAUCGAGUCAUUUAGAACGUAUAGUUCAAAGACCGGGUGGUAGACCUAGCGGUGCGCCUGCGUUACCGCCCCCAGCGCCUACGAGGUUUCACACGCUCUUCGAACUAGGAGCAAAACAUUCCAGAACUACUCUCACACCACGACAUGACAUCAAAUCGACGCUUGCUUGUAUCGCUCUUGCGGUGGCCCGAUCCAAUAAAUCCCUUAACAUAUCUGAUGUAGAUGAAUGGCGUAAAGACAAUGGUAUGAUUGUAGUUGAUAUUACAUCGGAUGACGCUAUUAAUGUAAGAACAAUGCUUUGUAUGCCUAUUGUCAACGCUAAUAAGGACGUUAUUGGCGUAGCACAAUUGAUUAACAAGGAAAACGGAUCUCAGUUCACGGAUGGCGAUAUAUCAAUAUUCGAAGCGUUUGCCAUAUUCUGCGGUCUCGGUAUUCAUAAUACACAGAUGUAUGAAAACGCAUGUAAAUUAAUGGCAAAACAAAAGGUAGCAUUGGAAUGUUUAUCGUACCACGCCACGGCAUCAGCGGAGGACACCCACAAGCUCUGUCAAGAAGUCAUACCCUCAGCUGAAAUCUAUAAUCUCUACAGUUAUAAAUUCCAUGAUUUCGAUUUAUCGGAUGAAGACACGUGUAGAGCAACAUUGCGAAUGUUUUUACAGUGUAAUCUAGUUGAGAAGUUCCAUAUACCCUAUGACGUUUUAUGUCGAUGGAUACUAAGCGUUAAAAAGAACUAUCGUCCAGUGAAAUAUCACAAUUGGCGACACGCUCUCAACGUUGCGCAGACAAUGUUCGCGAUGCUCAAAACUGGUAAAAUGGAACGCUUCAUGUCUGACCUUGAAAUCCUUGGCCUAUUAGUCGCUUGUCUAUGCCACGAUUUAGACCAUAGAGGAACUAAUAACGCCUUCCAGACAAAGACAGAGAGCCCUCUAGCGAUUUUAUAUUCAACAUCAACGAUGGAACACCAUCAUUUCGAUCAAUGUGUCAUGAUUUUGAAUAGCGAAAGCAAUAAUAUAUUUCAAGCAUUAUCGCCUUGUGAUUAUAAAGACGUAAUGAGGGUUGUGGAAACAGCAAUUCUAUCAACGGACCUAGCAAUGUACUUUAAAAAGAAAUCAAAGUUCCUAGAAUUAGUUGAAAACGGUGAAUUCGACUGGCAAAGCCAAGAAAAGAAAGAAUUAUUAUGUGGUAUGAUGAUGACAGCCUGUGAUGUAUCAGCAAUAGCUAAACCUUGGGAGGUACAACACAAAGUCGCUAAAUUAGUAGCUGACGAGUUCUUCGAUCAAGGGGACUUGGAGAAAUUGCAGCUAAAUCAGCAACCUAUUGCAAUGAUGGACAGAGAGAAGAAAGAUGAAUUACCUCAGAUGCAAGUUGGUUUCAUUGACAUGAUCUGCCUACCUUUAUACAAAGUUCUCUCUGAUACUUUCCCGUGGAUACAACCAUUAUAUACCGGCACUAUGGAGAAUAGACAACGCUGGCAGGACCUGGCUGAGAAGGUGGAAAUGGGACUGACGUGGAUUGACCACGACACAAUCGACAAACCAAUUGAAGAGUUCACAGCAUCAAAUGAAGCUAUCAAAGACGUAGAGCUGACGGUUACAACGCUUAACUGUACACGACCGGUGUCGGAUUCCACCAGUAUGGCACUUGUGAAGCCGAUUAAGACAUCCUUCCACUCCCUGAGGAGAGGGAAGCCUAGUAAUUUCUCAAAUAGACCCGCUCGGAGUAAACUAACUAGAUCCCUCUACGCGGCGCCAAGCUCACGAGAAGAGAGAGAGCGGAUAGUGAGACCGACGGAAGAGAACCACGUGACGGAAGUAGUCUCGCAGACCAGCAAGGCAUCUAAGCAUAAGGGACGAUUAUGCCAUAUGUUGUGACGGUUAAGUUUCAAUUGGAGCAGCCAAAGCAGUACAGAGAAAAAGGACAAAGUGAAACCGUCCAAAUCAAUCGACUAAACCAAAAACGAGGCAAAUUAAAUGAUUUGUACGUAACUAGUGAUGUUUCUUCAGGUUUUAUUAGACACUAUUAGAAUAAACCUACAUAUGUAGUGAAACGUAAACACUUGUGUGAUUGGGCAAAAUUAUUUUACAUAAACCGUUUCGAAUUUCAUUAUUAUCUCUAUGUUGCAUUAUAAAACAAAUAUUUGAUUUCAAAUGGAAUUCGAAAAAUAAAUCAUUGGAUGGUUUAUAAUAAAUGUAUAAAUAAAUAUUUUCAACUCUGCUAACUUAUUAGUGCGACUUCUGAAUAGUCGAAAAUAAAGCAAAUAUUUAUUUAAAAAAGAUAUCGACUUGUAAAACCGGAAGUUUUUUUGUAAAUUCUAUUUUCAGAUUAUAUUUGCCAGUAUCAUAAGACGUAUCUAAUGCAAUAAAUUUUCCUUAAUGAUUUUGCUCAAUCAUACAUUUUUAGAAGAAAAUGAUUAUUUCUAUUAGUUUCUUAAUGUAAUUCGUCGUUUUGACGUUAACAAUGUUUCAUGUAAAACAACUCUUAGAUAAAUGUUUAUGUAUUUGAUAGACUGUGAUCUAGUGUUACUUCACUAAUAUUUCUAUUUAACCCUGUGUAUAUGAGGCCGUUAUAAAAAAUUAAAACAGUUAAAAAUUACGUCUAUCGAGUUUUGAAUUCAGAAUGAGUUCCGAAUUGACAUUUUAUAUUGAAGUAAAUAUUAUGAAUGUUUAAGAAAAAAAAGUAACGAUUGAAUUCAUUAAAAGAGUAUUAAAUGGCAGCACUAUAAAAUGUUCAUAAUAUUUCAAAUUUAUUGAGAUUUUUAUCAUUUUAAAAAUAUAUUUAUUUAUAUUUUUAUCACUGAUCAAUUAUCUAUUACUAUAACAUGAUAUAUUAUCAUGUUAUAUUCGUCUCUUUCGUGGCCUUUGAAGCUAUAUUUCGGUGUGUUACCAACAUUAUUAUAUUUAAAAUAGAAUAAACUAUCUUAUAAGUUUAUGAUUUUUUUUGUAUAAAAAAUAAAAAAAAACUAAGUUGUCAAUUGAUUUGUAUUUAUUAGGCAGAAAGUAUUAUGAUGCUAGUCGAGUUAUUUAACUUAAGCUGUUAUUUAUAUCUGUACGGUAAUUUUUACGUCCACUUCGCUUAUGAAGAUAUUGUGCAAUAAUAAUACUAAAGAGACAAUUAUAUUUAGAAUUUUAUUUAAUUCAUUGACAAGUUUUUUAAGUCAGAGAUUUAUGCAUAUUUUUAGUAAAUUUAUUUUUUGAAACAUUAUUUAUUAUUUAGGUUAAAGCUAAUAUAAAACUAUAUAUAUAUAUAUAUAUAUAAUUAUUUUCGUUAUUUAUAAUAUGGAUAUUUAAUUUAUUGUUUUUAACUACUUUCUAUAUAAUGGUUGUUGCGAUUAAACAUUAAAUAAUCUUUCUGCGAAUAUCUAGAUACAUGUGACAAGUUAUAAACUGUUUUUAAUAAUGUAAUUGGAAUUAAGAAGAAAAUUAAAACUUUUAUACGACUUACAUAGUAUAUUAAUAUAAUAUAUCCAGUUUAACCAAUAUAGUGACUUGUUUUUAUCUCUUUCUUGCAUAGGAGUUUAGCAUUAGAUAGACAGAGAUCUUAAAAGAUUUUUACAAUAUAUAUCUAAAUAUUUACUUGUGUGUAUAAAAUUAUUAGCGAGUUUAGAAUUGAAAUGUUGUGAAAUAGACUUUACUAUUUAGAAGUAUUGAUGUUUGUAAAAUAUAUGUGUAUCUAAAUCAGAUUCUUAAUCUGUAACCUUUAAAAUAUAUUUAUUAAAUUGUUUCUUGGUUAUCCCAUUUUUACAUAAAUAUGCCUAUUAAAUAUUAUCAAAAGGUAUUUAAAUUGUAAAUUAAUUUUA